UUGGCUAUAGAGAUGCCUACCCAGGCCGAUCCAACUCCUAAGGACAAAGGCAAGGCUCCAAUGAACCCCCUAAAAAAACCUAAAGGCAAUCCUUCAUACACCACUAGCUGUGAGGGGUUCAUACCUUACAACCAAGGUAUAGAGAUUGAGAGGAGGACCAAGAGUAGGCAAGAAGAACACCAAGAACGUUUACCUUCUCAGUCUCAAUUGGAGGGUGGUGUUGCUCUUGAGAGGAGGUCAAAAAGAAGGCAAGAACAAUCAAUUCCUCCUCAAGUCACAGCUCCUGCUAUACCAGCAUCGUCUUCCUCUAGCAGUUCUUCUUCUUCUCUAAUAAAGUCAUACUUUCAAUUAUACAAGAGGAGAAAGCUUCUCUCUCCAGUUGCAUCUCCUUCUGCUUCUGAGAGAUUGCCUGAGGCCCAGACCAUUCCACCUUCUAUGCUUGAAGACCAGACAAAAAUGCAUUCUCCUCAAAUAAACUCAGGGCACAUGAAUCCCUAACUCACUCAAGAAGAAUAGGCUGGUAUUAGGGAAAAACAGGCUGAUCCAGAAAGAGUUGACCCAGAGAGAGUGGGCUUAAGAGGAUUAGCCACUGAAUUGGCAUACCUUAUGGCUAAUAUUCCUCACGAGAUAGCCCUAAGGGAUUUGAUGGCCUUUCCUCUUAGAGGAGUACGCCAUGGAACCAAUGAAGUCAUAAAUUUUCCUGGUGUGGCCUCUUCCUUAGAGGAAUCGGAAGUCCCUGUCCAUGCCAUAGAGACUCCAAUUGACUUAGGCUAUGUCAGAGAAAACCCAACUGAUUUAACUGACAACCCUGAUAGCCAAACAUCUCCUAUCGAUAGGAGUUCUCCUAUUCAUGAGCCUACCCCUGAUCCAAAUGAUGACACUCAUCAAAAUAGCCAAAUCCCACUAUUGAAUCAAAAUGAUGAAGUUGACAAGGCUAAUGCUGAAAUCUUGGAGAGUGAAUCACCUUUAGAUGAAAAAAGAACUUCCCCUGAAGAGAUUACUCAUCCUUUUACCAUGAACAUGGGGGUCCAAACCUCUUACAUUCAUAGUCCUGUCCAGGAGCUAACUCUAGAGGUUGUGGUCACCAACACCAACACUUUUAUUGCUCAAGAAUCACUGGUAAUCACCUAAUCUUUUCACACAUUUUUUUUUUAAUAUUUUAAGUUACACCAAUGAUUAACUUCACUU